AUGAAAAUCGAUCGAGAGCUGUACUGGAACAAAGUGGCCGCUGACCUGGAAGCAGCAGCGUUCAAACAUGAGUACAGUACCCUCUACAGCACUCUCAGAAAGUUGAGUGGAAAGUCCAAAGUAACAAAUGAUACCAUAAAGAAAGCGGAUGGAACAUUCAUAAAAUCGUCGACAGAACGACUGCAACGUUGGAAAGAGUUCUUUAAUAACCUGUACAAUCAUGACGCUCCCCAGGGAGUGUUAGCAGAACCACCGCCGAUUGACCAGCCCGCAACACCUAUGUCAGAUGCAGAGCCUACAAUUGCAGAAGUGAAUGCAGCCAUUGGAUCGCUGAAGAUUGGCAAAGCUGCUGGACUGGAUCCGAUCACUACAGAGGAGAUCAAGGCUAGUGGUGACAUUUUGCACCAUCGUCUUUAUCUACUCGUUAAAACAAUAUGGCACAUAGAACAAAUACCAGCCAUCUAG